AGGAAGAAGAAGAAGAAGAAGGAGUUGUUUUGGAUGAUUUGAAGAUUUUAGCGCGGGUUCUUUUCUUUUAAUAAAAUUAUUUCAGAGAGGGAAUUUAAAUGAUUUCUAGUGAUCUUAUGUGUAGACAUGUUAUUCACUGACUAGGCUGAUGCUGGUUUGUUAUCCGUCCGUUUUGUUUUUGAAUUGUCAGUUCCACCUUAAAUGGACCGGCAGUUGCACUCUGGGGCUUCAGACGCCAGUGUAUAAUCUUCUGGAACAUUUAAGGUGGAAUGGACGGAUAUAAAAAGUAAGGAUUCUGAAAGUUGCAGUGUGACAGCUGUGCAUAUUUUGCUGUGGAGGAAUGGACGAGUUUCUAGACCCCUUUAAAGACUGCACUCGAGUGGAGCAGGCAUGGCUGGGGGAUUUGUACGCUGCAGUGAGGGACUGGAUCCACCCUGCUGUAGGAACCUCUCUCGGGUGGUCAGUGGAGAAACUGGCUGAGACUGUGCUUUGGAUUGUAAGGAGAACUACAGGCUCACAGUCUCUACCUGUCAGCUACAAAUUGGUGUCUGUUUCAGAGCUUCUCAGCAGACAGCGCUCCCCUUGCUGUAGCAGCCUUACCUGGAGCACCAGUCAUUACAGGGAACGGGCCAGGGAGGCGGAGCAAGCCCUGCCCAAUCACAAAGCUCUUCCACGCACCCAACUCCUUCUGAUUGGCUUUCUGUGUGAUGGACGCAUAUCUGGUCAGUGUAACGGCUGUUGGAGACUGAGGGAUGUGACCGGGAGUGUCCACUGUGAGGUGCUUAACUCCUCCCCUCUCUGGUUGGGAAAGCUGAUGCUCCUUCCCACUUGGAACUACAUCCCCCAGAAUGCACUUGGAAAAGAAUUGGGGGGAUACUUAGAGCUGAUUGACUCUCCUGUCUGUGUGACCUCUGGACCCACAGAGCUUGACCCUGGGGAGAUGCUUAAUGAGGUCAUUGGGGUCAGAAAGGCGGCCAGGAUUCUUAGACAGAGGGGCAGUGGAAGAGGGUGUGUAUGUGUUUGUGGUGAGGUGAGAGUGGUCUGCCCUCUGCUGGUCAUUGCUGGGAAAUGCUUUUUCUGCUUUAUUCUCGCUGAAGAGGACGCCUCUGUGCCCAUCCUAGUCACUGACCCGGAGUGUGUGCACUGGAGGCAAUGCGUGUGUGUAGGGCAGAGCGUGUGUAUUACAGCUCUGCGUGUGUGUUCUGUCCGUGGGUGGGCAGGGCACAGAGUUCUGUCUGUCACACCGUGUUCCCACCUGCGUCUGAAUCCACACACCGAGGAACAGCGUGACAACACACACUCACAAUCAGAUACACUCGCACAGUCAGACUCACACACACAGUCUCAGAUUGAGACACAGUCAGACACAGCCUCACCCACCUCACAUGAGUCAACACAAGUGGAGGCGCAAUCACUUUCAGACUCACACACCCAGUCACUGACCGGCACACACACUCUGGACACACAUCUGCAGCAGGAAUCAGGUGACCUUGCCCAGAUGGAUGCUGAUCCUCCUGCACGGAGAAAAGUCUCCAAAAUCAUCAGCUACCGGGGUCUGAUCACUAGUGUCCUGAAUGCGGAGGCGGGGCUUUAUGAGAUUGAUGGAAAGGUCGGGCUGUGUUUAGCCUAUCAGCCUCAAAGGAAGUUGAGCGGCGGUUUAAGGCCUGGGGCUGAGAUUGAGCUGCAGAACGUCCACUUUCUGUUCCGUCCGACUCCAUUCGGCCCUGAUGCCAUGCUGUGUUUGUGUCUGCGCUCUAGUGUGUGUGUGAGGGCCUUCAGUCCUUUGAGGUCGAAGAUUUCGACUCCAAGAUCAGACAGUCCACUGCUGUGUUACCUUUUAGAGAGGAACCUGGGAGUUUCUGAAUACCUGUGGCUCUGUUAUUGCCACACUGCUCUGACCGAGAGGCUGUGUCCUCGGUGGGUUUGUGAGGCUCGUGUGUGUGUGGUGGCUGGGCGUCUGCUGCAGUUUGCUUUAGGGGAGGAGGAAAAGAGAGGGAAGCAGAAAAGAGACAUUUACAGAGAAAUGAUUCAGGACCCCCACACCUGCCCCCUGACCGAGUACUCUGUGAGCCGUCCACAUGUAUCCGUGUGUUCACUGAAGGAGCUCUGUGAUUGGAUGGAGAAGGAGUGCUGGGAGUCUCUGUCUCUUUCCUCGCUUGUCCCUCCGUCAGCCCCCUAUCUGGCUCAUGCUCAACUCAACCCUCUGCUCUGCUGGUCUACACACACACUUCCACUGCGCUCCUGCUCCACACACACACUCUGCCCACCACUGCUGGUGGGCGUUCUGGAGGCCAGCUCCAGCAGAGCGAGUGUGAGGCUGAUGGACCAGACUGCUGCUGUGGAUUGUGUUUGUGUGGAAAGCAGCCAGUCAGGAGAUCAGCUAGCAACCAUCAACACAGCCUGGCUAGGUUGUUUGGUGUGUAUCCGUAAUUGUACAUUAGUGAUGGAGAGAUUUCUGAAGACAGACUUUCCUUCUUGGAAACACCUGGACCAACAAAGAUACAUCACACACAAACACUGCAGGGUUUACAUACAGGUGUGUGUGAAAGACAUGCACAUCCUCAGCCCCUCGGCAUCCAUGACCAUCUUUUCCUCUGAGGGAAAAAGAGAGGGAGAAGGAGGAGUGAUGGAGGAACAGGUUGAGGGAGUGCAGAAGGCUGAGUGCAGCGAUAAGACGUCUCACACUGGGAGGAUAAAGAGGAAAAGAGAAUCAGAGGAGAGACGAGAGGGACACAACAAGAAAAACAGAGACCGCAGCAACUACAGCAAUGGCCCAGAUGAUGCAGAGGGAUCAGCGUCCAUGAUGUCUGUUCCCUGUGUGACGCUGCUUCUUCGUGUGGACACCAAACAGGGUGUGGCCUUCAGGAACCUUCAAACAGCCAAUCAGACGCAGGGGCUCAAGCUGAGCUUCACUGUUAAGGUGACGUGUCUAGGAGACGUACAAAGGUGGGAUAGAGACCCCAGAAACGAGCCAAUGGAGGAAAGAGAGGGCGCAGGAGGAGAAAGGAAGAUGGAGCUCCAGUUUGUGGAUUCUUCUGUUCGUUGGUUUCCUCUGCUGCAGCCGGGAUCAGUUUACAGACUUACUGCACUAAACACAGAGGAUGUGAGUGUACUGUGUGGCAGUACUGUACCUGCAAAGGGUGGAGUCACCCUCCUUAGUAGCCCCUCCCUCCUCGUUCAGCCUCAGUGGCGCAUACACACUCUUACACAAUUGCUGCUGUCAGAACAGAUUCAGGGAAUGAUGAGUGUUUCUGAUGUCCUUAGGUGCAGUUCUGAGGUUGUCUCUUUGUAUGGAGUGAUAUCUGAGAGAAUCACGCUGGAAGAGGAGAAAGGGAAGACACCUGCCCUGCGGUCACUGAUCAGUGACAAAGAGCAGUCUGUGGAGCAGGGUCUGCGGGUGAGGCUGACGCUGCAGGAUUCUGAAGCUCCGGAUCGGAGUCUCCAGGUUUAUCUGGAUCUUUCCCACGUGCCCUACAUACCAGGACUCAUCCCAGGAGCAACAGUUCUCUUGCACGACUUUCAGCGCAAAGUGUCCGUUGUGAAGAACGUGUACUGCUGGUCUCUGCCGGUAAGCUGUCUGACUGUCACUGGUUUAGGGUCACUUAAGCCUCGUCCUCCUCCUCCCAUGAUGCACCUGGGGCAGUGGGCUCCAGGCAGAGCAGGGCAGAGCAUUGUGGGUAGGGUCAGAAGUCAUGUGGUGUGUGUUCUGUCCCUGCAGCUAAAGUGGGUGUGUUCUUUUUGUGGGAGUGUUUUUAAACAGUCUGUGUGUACAAGAACUUGCCCUCCGUGUGACUCCAACACUGGCAUCUUUCAGGCAGAGGCAAAUUUGUGUGUGUGUGCACACAGAGUGGCUAUUGAGGACGGUACUGGGGAGGCUCAGGUGUGGUUCUCCACAGAGACAGUAGCUGAGCUGUUGUCACUGGCCGCAACUGACUGGGAGGGGCUACAGCGGCAUGUCAGGGUUAGAGGUCACCUCCGAGUGUACGCUCGUGGACGGAACAUGGUGUGUGAUGUGGACCCAGAUGAUCCUCUGGUGCAGUAUCUCUGCUGUCUGUGUUCCAGCAGUGCAGUCUGUCGUCAGUUUACACUAACCUGCAGACUACGCUCACACAAACCAGAGAAAGGCCAGUUAAGAAAAGUGUGCAGAGGAGAGAGAGAAUUCCUCACCAAGUUUCCCCAAGCUCUUCAGCUGCACUGCACACACAUACACACCUCAAACUCAACACCAUGAAAUACACACAUAAUGAACAAACUGAAACACACACACACCCUCCCACACACACACACACACACAAACACUCAGUGUUACAUCUCUGUUCGAUACUCUCCUGUCUUGGAGGAGGACAGUAAUCAUGUCUGAUGCAAUAUUUCCUCACUGAGUGGAGGAGUGCUCUUUUUUUUAAUCAAUGUUGACAAACAUUGACUGACUGACUGAAUGAAUGAAUAAUAACUCAGAUCUACUGCUCUUGAAGGAAUAAUUAAAGUAUAUUUUAUUGUAUUUCUUUGAAAUAAAACAUUUAUUUUUCUACUGUAAAACGAAUCAAAGUGCGAAAUUAUUAAAAGUGAAUAAAACUGUAGAAAAUUA